AUGGAGUCUGCAAACCAUUCCAUGGUAAUCAACUUCAUUCUUGCUGGGUUAACAGAGAAACCAAAGCUUCAGCUGCUCCUCUUCCUGCUCUUCCUUGGGAUCUACAUGCUCACAGUACUGGGGAAUCUGGGCAUGAUCAUGCUGAUCCUGCUCAGCUCCCACCUGCACACCCCCAUGUACUUCUUCCUCAGCAGCCUGUCUUUCAUUGACCUCUGCCACUCCACAGUCAUUACCCCCAAAAUGCUGGUGAACUUUGUGACAGACAAGAACAUCAUCUCCUACCCUGAAUGCAUGACCCAGCUCUACUCCUUCCUAGUUUUUGCUAUUGCAGAGUGUCACAUGUUGGCUGCAAUGGCCUAUGACCGCUAUGUUGCCAUCUGUAACCCGUUACUUUACAAUGUCAUCAUGUCUCACCACCUCUGCUUCUGCCUUAUAGUGGGAGUUUACACUUUGGGUAUCAUUGGGUCAUCAGUUCACACGGGCUUCAUGUUAAAACUGUUUUUUUGCAAUUCUAAUGUGAUUAACCACUACUUUUGUGAUCUCUUUCCACUCUUGGAGCUGUCCUGCUCUAGUACCUACAUCAAUGAAUUACUGGUUCUUUUCUUAAGUGCAUUAAACAUCUUAACACCUGCCCUGACCAUCCUUGCUUCCUACAUCUUUAUCAUUGCCAGCAUCAUGCGCAUUCGCUCCACUGAGGGUAGAUCCAAAGCCUUCAGCACCUGCAGCUCCCACAUAUCUGCUGUGGCAAUCUUCUUUGGUUCAGCUGCAUUCAUGUACUUACAGCCAUCAUCAGUCAGCUCAAUGGACCAAGGGAAAGUUUCUUCUGUCUUUUAUACUACUGUAGUGCCCAUGCUUAAUCCAUUGAUCUAUAGCCUGAGGAAUAAGGAUGUCAAAUAUGCCCUGAAGAAUAUUCUGAGUAGAUACAUAUGUCAUGAAUGGACCUAA